AUGGCUUUCACCCCACAAAUCACCCUCUUUUUCCUGUUAAUUAGCUUGUCCGCAGAGCUUGCAAAGGGAAGCGAAGCUCCAUCUGAGGUUGGUUCGAGUCACAAGAGAGAGGUGCAGACUUACAUUGUCCAUGUCAAGAAGCUGGAGAGCCAUGUUUCCAGCCACCGGGACGACGAGGUGAAGAGCUAUCAUCAGUCUUUUCUUCCAGCUGGAACUGCAGUAGCGGCUUCAGGCAGCAAGGAGGAGCGGUUGAUUUAUUCCUACCGGCAUGUGAUCAGUGGCUUUGCGGCGAGGCUGAGUGAGGAGGAGGUCGAGGCCAUGAAACAGAAAGACGGGUUCCUUUCUGCCCGGCCAGAGAGGAUGUACCGGCUGCAGACAACUCACAGCCCCACAUUCCUAGGAUUGCACCGAGGACUGGGGUUGUGGGAAGACUCGAAUUUUGGGGAAGGGGUGAUUGUUGGAGUACUAGAUGGCGGAGUGUUUCCCAAUCAUCCUUCAUUCGGCGAUGAAGGGAUGCCGCCGCCGCCUGCUAGAUGGAAAGGGAAGUGCGAGUUCAACGCAUCAGACUGCAACAAGAAGCUCAUUGGAGCGAGGUCAUUUGAUCUCGCAGCCAGGGCAAAGGGAUUGGGGGCUGAGCCACCGGUAGAUGAUGAUGGCCAUGGCACGCACACGGCGAGUACAGCUGCAGGGGCGUUUGUUCAGAAUGCCAAUGCACUUGGGAAUGCCAACGGCACAGCAGGUGGGAUAGCGCCCCGAGCUCACCUGGCGAUUUAUAAAGUGUGCUUCGGACCAGAUUGUCCAGAUGCUAAUGUAUUAGCGGGGCUGGACGCUGCUGUUAGUGAUGGGGUUGAUGUGCUCUCCAUCUCACUGGUGGAUGCUUCACAGCCUCUGUUUCAGGACAACAUUGCGAUAGGCUCGUUCGAAGCAAUUCGACGUGGGAUAUUUGUAAGCUGUUCGGCUGGGAACUCUGGCCCUUUUGAAGGCACUCUAUCAAACGAAGCACCAUGGAUUUUAACUGUGGGAGCAAGCACCAUUGAUAGAAGGAUUGUCGCCACAGUGAAGCUAGGAAACGGGGAGGAAUUCGAUGGGGAGUCCUUGUUCCAGCCACACGACUUCCCCGAAAGAUUACUGCCCCUGGUUUACUCUGGCUCCAAUGGGAAACCGGACUCUGCCUUCUGCGGUGAGGGAGCCUUGAAUGGCACUGACGUCAAAGGAAAGGUAGUAUUGUGCGAGCGCGGUGGAGGGAUAGCCAGGAUAUCUAAAGGAGUUGAAGUGAAAGACGCUGGUGGCGCCGCGAUGAUCCUGAUCAACGGCGAAUCUGAUGGUUUCAGUACCUCAGCCGAUGCUCAUGUUCUUCCUGCAAGUCAUGUGAGUUAUGCAGCUGGCUUGAGAAUCACAUCGUAUUUGAAUUCAACAAGAACACCUGCGGCAACAGUUUUAUUCAAAGGAACUGCAAUUGGAGACUCGCUGGCUCCUGUCGUUGCUUCAUUUUCGUCUAGAGGACCCAACUUGGCGAGCCCCGGGAUUCUGAAACCCGAUAUUAUUGGACCAGGAGUGAGCAUUAUAGCAGCCUGGAAUUCCCCUCUUGACAGCAACGACAAUACCCUUUCGAAUUCCUUCUUCAAUGUUAUGAGUGGCACGUCGAUGUCAUGCCCCCAUCUAAGCGGUGUUGCAGCUCUGCUCAAGAGCUCUCAUCCUCACUGGUCUCCUGCAGCCAUUAAAUCAGCUUUAAUGACUUCAGCCGAUUUACUGAAUCUUCAAGGCAAGCCAAUUCUUGAUCAAACACUCCAUACAGCAAACGCAUUCGCAACUGGCGCUGGCCAUGUCAAUCCAUCAAAGGCUAACGAUCCUGGGCUGGUUUACGACAUCCAGCCGGAUGACUAUAUACCUUACUUGUGUGGCCUCGGCUACACGGACCAGCAAGUCACCGUCAUUGCCCACACACCAAUCAACUGCACAGAAGUAACAACCAUACCUCAAGGACAACUGAACUACCCUUCAUUUUCUGUUUCAUUGGGGCCGCCUCAAACGUUCACUAGGACUGUGACGAAUGUUGGCGAGGCAUAUUCAUCUUACUCUGCCAAGGUUGUAGCACCGCGUGGAGUCAAUGUGAUUGUCAAGCCUGAUAAGCUUGUAUUAUCAAAGGUGAACCAGAAGGCGACCUAUUCGGUUACCUUCAGCUCCAAAGGCGAGGGAACUGACAAGUAUGCCCAAGGGUACCUCGAAUGGACAUCUUCCAAACACCUUGUUAGGAGUGUGAUUGCUGUUAGCUUCGAGUGA